GCUAGGCGCCCGCUGCACGUUCUUCCCAGCCCGGUAGAAGCUGUCCCUGAGCCCCCUUGCUGCCCGUGUCCUGGGAUUCCAGCCGCUGCCAUGGCCAUGCUAGCCGAACCUCGGAAAAAACAGAAAUGGUCCGUGGAUCCUAGAAACAGCGCUUGGAGUAAAGAUGAAUCCAAAUUUGGCCAGAAGAUGUUGGAAAAGAUGGGAUGGUCCAAAGGCAAGGGUCUUGGGGCUCAGGAACAAGGGUCCGUUGACCACAUCAAGGUGCAAGUAAAGAACAACAGUUUUGGACUCGGAGCUUCCGUCAAACACGAGGAUAACUGGAUAGCUCAUCAGGAUGAUUUCAACCAGAUUCUGGCCGAGCUUAAUGAUUGUCACGGCACUCCUGAUCCCGAGCUGUCGCAAGAUAAUGAAAAGAAAACUUUUAGCCUCGAAGAAAAGUCCAAAUCUUCCAGAAAACGUGUCCAUUACAUGAAAUUUGCCAAAGGAAAGGAUCUCUCGUGUCGUACAGACACUGACUUGGCUUGCAUUUUUGGGAAACGAGAGAAAAGCAAGAAAACAACUCAGCAGGAGGAGUCUGAAGUUGAGUCUGAUGAACAGGCCAAAGAUCAGAGACCCUCAGAGGACUAUGAGCCUGCAAACACGGUGACCAGCGCCCUAUCAGUGAAUGAGUAUUUUGCCAAGCGUAUGGCUGAAUUUAAGAAAUCCCAAGCCAACAGAACACAAUCAGCACCUCUGAAAACCAAGGAACGUUUGGUAGAUUCCUCUGAGAAUUCUUCUGAAGACACAAAACAAAAGUCCAAAAAGAAGAAACGGAACAAACAAGAUGGCAAUAUUGAAUCUGAUUGUCUAAAAGAGCCUGAAGUCAUAGAAAAUUUAGAAAAUGAAUUCAACCAAACUGCUUCAAAAAGUCAACUGCCAAAGAAAAAAUCCAAGAAGAAGAAGGUAAAAUCCAAGGAGAUAAAAUCUGAGGACACCAAAUGCAAUGGGGAGGAAGACGAUGCACAAGCAUCGGACAAUGAAUUUGGAGAUGAUAAACCCCAAAAACGGAAAAAGAAAAACAAAAGGAAUAGGGAAGAGAGACCUGAGCACAGUUAUGAGAAGGACGGGGACUCUCCAACUGAAACAGAGAAACCUAAAAAGAAGAAGAAAAAAAAGCAGUCUGCAUAAGUUCCAAGUGAUCUUAAUGAGAUUUUGAUGGUGAGAGAUAAGACCGAAGUGACUGAUUCUUCCCUGAUCUUCCACCCACAUAUGACAGCCUUUGUAACUGCCCAAAACUGUUUCCAUGGUCGAAUGUCCCAAAUAGCAUAUUAUUUUAAUGCUAAGAUCCUCUAAAAAUAUAUUUUAUAUUGGAAAAUUAUUUAACUGUUCUAAGCCCCAAAUCAUGAAAAAAAAUAACCUAAAAAGAAUAUAGCACAUUUGUUGCGAACAGUAUUUAUUAUCUAUUAAUUCCCGAGUUCCUGUAAGAAAUAGAUCUGCUGGCAUUAAACCCUUUUAAAACUAGUGGUGGUGCUCCAUCUGAAUUCAACUACCAGUUUUCCGUCAAGAAUUUAAUUCCCAUUUCCACAAACAAAUCUCACAAAUUUGUCAAAUAUUAAAGAACUUUAGAAGGAUUUUCUGAUUUAUUUAUUUUUACGCUUCCUGUAUUUGAAUUGUCCAUAUAUCAGGAGAAUCUAAAAGUAAAAUGCGCAGUUACUCUCCUGUGCCCAGACUUAUUUUCACACGGUUCGUUAUCUGAUAAAGGAGUAUGUCGUCUGUGUUUGUCCGUAUGGAAUUACAGCCUACUUAAUGGUAAUUGUCUGCCUGAACUGAUGUAUCCAAAAAUAAAAAUUGUUUCUUUUGUUUAAAACAAAA